ACGAAACUGUCUUUUAAUUUGCAACUUUAUGAUAUAUCUUUAUAAUUUUCUAAAUUUCCCGGGUGAUGUAACCCAGAAAUGAAACCAAGGAGAUUCGAUCCUGCGAUCUGCUGGAUUAAGUCGACGGCUGCAUAAUUUAACACUAUAUAUCAGACAGACACAAAGUAUUGUGGAAAGAGUGAAAAUGGAAACUGAGAGAGAAAAAAAAGAGUGGUUGAAGCUCAAUUCAGAUGGAUCUGUUCUGCGCGCUCCACAUCCCACCACGCCUGCCUCUUCAGACUUUACAGACGGCGUUGCAUCCAAGGACGUCGUUCUAAAUCCGGAAACCGGCAUCUGGACUCGCAUAUUUAAGCCUGAAACCGCUUCUCAAAAACCGCCACUGCUGAUCUACUUUCAUGGGGGAGGAUUCUUGGUGUUUUCCACAGCCUGGGUAGAAUACCACUCAUUUUUGUACAGUUUGUCUAAAACCGCCGGCCUGAUGAUAGUGUCAGUGGAUUACAGGCUGGCGCCGGAGCACCGGCUCCGGGCAGCCUACGAUGAUUGUACGGAGGCCAUCAAAUGGGUCGCAAAGCAUGCCGCCGGGAGCGCAGAGGUGCCGGAGGAGUGGCUGUUGCCGUCCGCCGUUGAUUUUUCCCAGUGUGUUUUGGCGGGAGAGAGCGCCGGAGGCAACAUCGUUUACCACGUCGGACUGCAAGUUGGUGAGCUGGACUUGAGGCCGUUAAUGGUGAAGGAACUGGUUGUUAUUCACCCCUACUUUAUGGGUGAGGAAAUGGUAGAGACGGAUAAAGGGGAAGAGAUGAUCAAGUUCGUAGAGAUGUGCAAAAUGGGUUGGAGUAUGACUCUCCCGGUGGGGUCCAGCAGAGACCAUCCCUUCUGUAAUCCGGUGGUUUCGCCCCUCGAGCCUGAUUUGAAAUUACCACCGGUUUUGGUGGUGGUAGCAGGUAAAGAUAAACUUAGAGACAGACGGGUGAUGUUUUAUGAAUAUCUGAGAAGAUGUGGGAAGGAGGCGGAAUUGAUGGUGGAAGAAGGUGGAGUCCAUGCUUUUCAUAUUUUCAUUCCUGAAUUUGAAGGCACUCUGCGUCUUAUACAGCGUAUAUCAGACUUCGUUAAAAUCCGCUGAACAUUUUAAAAAUUACUUCUCUCAGCUGUUAUUUUCUUUAAUUAGGAGUUGUUGUGGAGGGGACACAAGGGCACUCAAGGAAAAAACCAACCAUGCCUCAAAUAAGGUAGUUAGGUUUUCAACUUUUAGGUUGUUUUCAUACUUGAUAUGGAUGCCACUUAAAAUUGUACACUUCAUGAUGUGAUCUCAUUUUAUCUCUAUCAGCGUUUUUUCUACU